AUGUCAGAAACUCAAAAGAUCACACUGUCCAGCUUGACAGGACAAACAAGGAGGCUGCUUUUACUGGCUAUGUCAAGAGCUACCAAGUCAAAUGCUUCCAAGAGAGAUCCUAAUUUACCUGUAGAAAGUCCACUUUUUCAACUGCCAUCAGUAGCGCCAUGGAGAACACCCAAAUUGCAAAAGGGUUCCAACCCAUAUAGCAGAUAUAAUAGUGUUACGCCGCUUCGAAGACCUUCUACAUUGUUGAUUCAUCAUUUGGAACAAGCACCAGUCUCGUCAGGAAAAGAAGAAUUAGAAAUCGAUACUGUAUUGGAUGAGAAUGAACUUUCCAAAGAACCAUCAUUACCGGCAGAAGAGGCUGAAUAUGACUAUAAACCGUUCUCUGAAAAGCCACUACUUCGUGAAUCCAAAAUUGAAAGCUACCUGCAAGCUGAGAGAGCUGCACACUGUCUCAUUUUCCAUACAUCAGGUCAUAUUCCGGGUGCCGACGACAAAUACAGACCAGAUGCGGAACUAGAGUGUGGUGAAGAUGAAUGGGAGGGCCAAGAAUUGAACCACGACGAAGGUCCACUACUUCUAAGCGUUCCUGGUUGUAGUAAACACGAUCUGUGCCAAUUGUUAAACAAAAACCACAUGCGUCCAAGACCCAACGUUCGCCGCAUUGAUGAAAUUUUGAACCACGAGUUUAACGCCUUGAAAUCAUUCUGGGGUGACUCUUCAUUGGCUACCACGCUGGACAGAAACCAUCUCCACGAGCAGUAUCUUUUACUAAUGCAAGAACAGAAGGAGAUUGCCCAAUUUAAGAGCUUACUUCAUUCAUCCCGGCCAAUAAAACCGCAUGUCCCCCACAAUUGA